CGGCCGUGGGAUGGGCACCCAGCCGGUGCUGCUGGUCUGGUGCUGUGGGGGAACCGAGCACCGUACCCGGGGGCUCAUCUACCCCCCACCAAAGCCAUGUGUGGGGAGGCCGUGGCACGGCUGCCCGUGGGCUCCGGGCCCCUUUGGGUGCGUGCCGAGCCCUUCGUGUCCCCUCCGGGCAGGGCAGGACGUGGUGCGCAGCGGCCACGUGCGAGGCGAGGGGGCUGAGCUGGGGCAGCCCCAGGGGGGUCGAGCCAAUAGGGGCUGCCCCAGGGGGCUCCGUGCAUCCCCCGGGCACACGUGUGGCAUGCAGGGGACGAGCGAUUGUCUGCAAGGGGGGUCGGGAGGGGACUGGAGCCCAUCCAUGUGCCGAGCAGCCACUGUCGGCUGCCAGCGUUACCGUUCCCAGGGCCUGGCUGGAGGCUGGGGGCUGGAUCCUGCCCCAGAGGGGAGCCAGCAUGGGGCUGCCAUCUCGGGGGGAUGCGGGUUCCCAUCCGGCGGGGGCAGGCGUGAUGCCCCCAGGGCAGGACCAGAGACCCCCCCCACCCCCGGCAGCACCAACCCUGCGGGGAGCGCAGGGUCCGGCCCUGCGGCCGCCAGCGAGGCCGGCUCUGACCUGGAAGCGAUCGUGGGCUCCCGGAGGUGCCGAGAAACCACGUGUCCGUGUGUUUACUGCGGCGGGCGCAGGGCUGCUACGUGCCGGCGGGACGGAGCCGGCGCCGCGGCUGCACCGCCGGUGGGGCCCCGCGCUCCCUGCCGGGAAGGAAGCUGCACCCAGAACCCCCCCUCUGCGGGGCCGGGGGAGCGCCAGGCAAAGGGCAGUGCGGGAGCCACGGCGGCAGAGGGGCUGCACGGGGCAGGCGUGUGUGGGGGGUGUAGCCAGAGCCCUUUGGUGGGGCCCCCCCAGGGCUUUAGCUGGCUCUGCGGGGUGCAGAAAGGGAGCUGGGGCUGCAUUCGGUGGCGGUGUCGGGGUGAGGGCAGGGGGUGAACCUGGGUUGUGAGCUGAGUGUCAGGAGUGUGCCAUGGCUGUGCCACGAGCGUCCCGCGAGCAUCCCGUGGCUGUGUGCCCCCAGCAUCCCACGGCUGUGCCACGAGCAUCCCAUAGCUUUGCGCCAUAAGCAUCCCAUAAGCAUCCCAUGGCUCAGCCCGAGCCGGCUCGCUGGGGCGAGCAGCAGCCCCUGGGUGCAGGCCCUGGGGCAGGAGCUGCCCACGGCGGGGCUUUGCCGUGCUCGCCGCGCACGGGAACGCGCUGCCGCCAGCCUCGCCCUGUGAGACAUUUCCCUCCUUUUGUCUGCUCGCCCGUGGGCUCUGGCUUUCCUGCAGCACGCGAUCCGGAGCUGGCCGCCAGCCUGCCGCUGUGUCUGGGAGACUCCGGGGCUGCCAAGGGGGGCUUUGGCCAUAGCCCGGCCCCGCUGCUGCCCUACAAGGGUCCCUUGGCCACCUGCUAUCCCCCAGGGUGCUCCCGCACCCCUCCGUGCAUUCCUUCCCGUGUCACCACCUUUAGCCCGCUGGGAAACCUCUUUUAGGUGAAUUUCGCCCAUUUUGCAGCCAGUUUGGCAACGCCGAUGGGGCAGCGGGGCCACUGGAUGCUGAAGCAUCGUCCACAUCUCCCAUCCUUCUCUUCACGGGCAUCCCCUGCCCGAGCUGUCCCCUCGGGGGCUGCCGUCCCCGUCCCCGACCCUUGUCCAGCCGCCGUGCGUGCAGCCUCGCAGGCGCUAAGUCACUGACGAGCAAGUCGCUGUGGCUUGUUGAGUUGCUGCUGGUUAACCGAGCUGCGGUAAUGGGUGGGAUUAUAGCUCGCUGCCAGCACUAAGUACAUGCAAAGCAGCUUAAAACCACUGCAAUUACCCGUCUCUUGCAAUUGUUCGAACGUGCAUGUGGCCGGUUGCUGCAGCUGGCCCCGGGUGCUGCUCGGGGAGGACGGUGCUGGUCCUGGGUCCGGCCGAGGCACCGAUUGCUCACGGCUUUGCCCAUGCGAUGCAGGAGCGUGGGGCUGCUGGCAAAGCACGGCGCCUCGGCUGCGGCGUGGUCACGCCGCAGGCUCGGGAUGCUCUGCGGGGUGGGGAUGCCCUUUGCGGGGCUUGCUGUGCCUUUUGGGAUCGUGCUGAAGCCGUGGCCGGCUCUCGUGGCGGAGAAGCUCCGCUCGUGACGACGGGGGCUGGCGCCGUGCCGGCUGCGGGCGCGCUCCGGGCACCCUGCGGCUCCCCGGGGAGGUUUGCCAGCCUGCGGGUGAGGCACGGGAGACCAAAAUGAGCCGCUCGGAGAAACGCCUGCGGAUGCAUUGGUGGUGCUUUUCGGCACAUAGCGAGUGUGUCAGAGCCCGUCACGAGUGCUUUUCGGGGCCAUCCUCGCCGUCCUGCCGCUCCCCUCGCCAGCGCUGGCGUGCCGCUGGCUCGGUUUGCGCCCGGCCGUUCCCAGCAGCAAUAUUCACAGCUCCUGCUCCAAGGCCACAGCCUUUUGUCCGCCCUGAUGGCGAGCUGACCGCAGCGGCAGAGCAAUACUUGUUGCUUAACAACACGGUGAAGUGGAAUAGGAAGCGUUCUGCUGCUGUACGCUGGGAAUACAUCACCCCGUUUCGAUAGGAGGAGCAGCGUUUGGCUGGGUUUUGUC